UGGAAGAGUCGCACACCGCCAAGAUAAUCGUGCUCGAAAAUCUCAUCCGCGACUGGCUUGUCGGAUCGCGAGUUUCUUGAGCUCUGGAAGCGUAAAUCCGCCAGGCGGUCGCAGCAGCCGUGGAUUUGCGUCUGGGCGUGGCGAGAAUAAAGAGCGGCCCCGAUAUCCGAGGUCUGGAAGGUCAGGAACAUCGCAGCUCCAGAUUAUGGCGUCCUUGGCCGGGGAUUCAAUGGCGUGCAUCAGCUGCCAUCGCCUACAAGCAUUGGCAGCCACCACGCCACUGGGAAUUUCUACAAGGUUACCAUUUCUCAUCUAUGAUUCCAGACUGGAAGCUUGGGUGACCGAUGCUAGCCAGGGACAGGGAUCUUCGAGGCUCUCUCUAAAUGAGCAUGAGCUCGAGAUCAUGAUCGGAGGUAGAAGGCUGUGGCUUCCCGGAUAAAAGCCUGGGUAUCAUGCUCCAUGAUCAAUCACAGGGGCUAUUUCAGUAUCUCGGCAGCCUCUUUGGUUGAUGCUCGCAGAGCCUAUGAUCAUCUACGAAGUGCAAGUUCUCAUCUACGAGCCUGACACUGAGUGGGAUUACGUUGGAGAGGAGAUUUAUCUUCGUCCAGGCACUAGUGUACCUGCGAAGUUCUCGCUCGGUCUCGGAGCUCCAUUUUUCCUCCAGCAGUGGCUUUCAACGUUUUCAUCCCAGAGGCUACUUAAACUUCUACGGCUUUGGUAAUCGCGAGAUCCGGAAGCACGAGCCCACCACCUGAGAACAGGCUCUGCGAGCAUCAACCAAAGAUCGAUGGACGGCUGCCGAGAUACUGAAAUAGCAAUGGGAGCGUUUCAGCCAAACUACACGUGGAAGCAGCAGCACAAACAUCCUAGGCAAGCUCAAUUUUUCUUGCUUGUAACAUCUUAAAGCUUGCCUUCGUUUCUUCCAGGCCUAUGGCUAUCUGGCUUGCGUGGAAGAUUGUUUCAAGAUCCAGCAAGCGUGGAAACAGUGCUGGAAGCAGGAUGGUCGAUAUGCAAUGCCUUAGCCGGUGGAGGUCACCCCAGAAGGAAAUCUGCCAGAAGGAAAUCUGUACAAAAGAAGGGUGGCUCAAAAGCGGUGCGUGAUUUUGUUUGGGACAAACAGGCAGUGGAUGAGGCAUUAGAAUCAAUCGACAGGUGGGUAGAUCAGGGUGAUGUUCAAGAUGACGAGAAGAUCAUGGCGUUGACGAUGUGUAUCAGUGACGGCCAUGGUAGGCCACAGGACUACACCGCUGAAAAGCCACCGGAAAAACUGUUGCUAUCUGCAGACAAAUGGUGGAAGAACCAACAGGAGAGCAGCAUUGAAGACGUUUGACUUGGCCUUGAAGCUGCACGAUAGCAAGAGGAGAGGAGGAAAGGACUCGGGAGUUCAAGCAGAAGAGGAGAUGGAAGCCCAUGAAACCAUGGCUAAUGCUGGAAGAAGGAGAAGGUCUCCCAGAGUGAAGCUCAUAGAUUUUGCAGACUUGUGUUGGAUCGAACGAAGCAGUCUUGAAUGUGUGGGAAGGUGUGUGAGCAUUUUCUUCUGGACAAAAUUGCCAGGAGGUAGUUGGGACUCAUGGGAACGCACCAAGGAACGGAUUUGUAAAAUAACAACUGUCGAAAUAUUAAAGUUUAUAUGUGGCAACAAAGCACAAGUACACAACGAAACAACUGAUAGUCGUUCUAGGGAAACGCAUGUACGCCUGCGGUGAGGGGGUCAGCAAAACUAGUGUAAAGCACUAUGUAUUGUCUUUGCUGCUCUUAUCCAAUCCAUCUUUAGUGCACUUUGGAGUGCAAUUGUGCCACAAAUUGUGGUGAAGGUUGUUUGUGGCACUGGUUGAUGCUAAGAACGGAAAGAGGAUUUUUGAUA